CGCCUGUGUGUCGUGGAAAGCGCAUGCUUGCUUCCGUGAACAUGCCCAUAGAACUUGGGAAAAGGAAACUUUAGAGGCGCAGCACACAUGAAUCAUAACUAACUAGCUAAAUACAUUUAUAGAAUAGCGACAUAAAAUAAAAGCACCAUGGGUUUUAUGCUGUCUAAAUCUAUGGACCAGAACUUCAAGAAGCAGCAGGAGUUCAUGCUGCACAACGCACGGCUCCAGAUGGAGAGACAGAUCCUGAUGCAGAAUCAGAUGAGAGAGAGACAGAUGGCCAUGCAGAUAGCCUGGUCCAGGGAGUUUCUCAAAUACUACGGCACCUUCUUCAGCCUGGCCACACUAGGCCUCACCAUCGGUGCCAUUAAGAAGAAGAAGCCUGUUCUCUUUGCCCCUGUCGUGCCUCUCAGUUUUGUCCUGGCCUAUCAGAUGGACAUGGCGUAUGGAACGCUAAUCUACCGAAUGAGGGGAGAGGCGGAGAGCAUCAUGGUCUCAGAACACGACCGAUUGGACCUUCCACACGGUGUGCCCAACUUCGAGAGCAUUGAGAAGGCAAGAAGAGCCAAGACCGCCCUCGGCUCCCUCUUUGAGAAAUGACACUGUCAUGAUGGGUGUGUUGUCCAGUGUCACACCCCUCUGAUCUCCACCCCUGGAAGUGAGUGAGUGAUGCUCCUCGGUCCCCAAGAUCAACGUUCAUCAGGUCUUCACAUGCUAUCGAAAUGAUCGGAAACUCUGUAAAUACUAGUACCUAGUUAGAUAUUUUAGCGUUUCUGAUCAUUCCGAUAGCGCAUGAAUGCGAAAUUACACAGCCAGCCAUGCACAUAGGACACUUAUUGGGCUGACCUAGGAAUGACUGUUGUGAUCAAUAUUAUAUAAUAAUCAAAAUCUGCCUUGUUUUAGAAUGAUCUACACCAGUGGUGUUCAGAUAUAUAAUUAAUGGAAAAUGGGUUUGUUUCAUUUUAGCCUUAGAAUUUGUGGCCACAUUAAAAUGGACUUCAAAUGCCUAAGAUGAAUGCUAAGCAAUCACUACUCAGCCCUGCACCACUGUCAAAAGUUUGUAAACGUAUAAAAAAAAUGAAUUGCCAUUGUAAAAGAAGUCAACUGCUGAUGAUACUACGAAUAAAAUAUGAUUGUCUGUA